UGCCCAAUGGCUGGAUGUCGACAACUCGCAAGGCAUCGUUCACCUUUCUAUGGAUCUUGUUGAUGAGCCGGAAGAGGGGUUCUACCACAUCCGACUGAAGACAGGCGAGGGCAAUUCCAAAACGCGGAAUUUCAAAGUUGGAGAAUAUGUGCUGCCCAGGUUCGAUGUAAAUAUCAAGACUCCUCCUUAUGUCUUGUCUACAGAUGCAACAUUCAAGUUCAGCGUCUGCGCCACAUACACUUAUGGUCAGCCAGUGAAGGGCAGUGUUACCGUGAAAAUCAACAAUGGAGAAGAUCGGCUUUGCCGCUCUGAUAUUACACGGCGUCAGAACAUCACAGGUUGCCAGGAUUUUGAAUUCACCACUGAAGAGAUGCAAGUGAUUGAUUGCCAUGUUAAUUACAUGCCUGUAGAAGUUACCUUUGAGGAGGAGGGUACAGGUGUCCAAAGGUCUGCAGUUUCUUCUGUAUCCAUAACAAGAAAUCCUGUUGAUCUGAGGGAGCUUUAUGUUGACAACUAUAUGAAGCCUAACCUCCCAUUUACUGUUAAGGUCAGAGCAGAACAGCCUGAUGGUGCUCCAGCCAGUGGUGUACAACUAGAGGUGUGUGCGGCUGGAAAAUGCAAAAACAUGACAACACCUGAUGAUGGAGUUAUCACUGCAGUUCUUCCCAAUUAUAAGUCAAACAGGAUAUUUAUGAAAACACUCAACUACCGUGCUGACCUGGAGGCUGCUUCGUUCUCAAAGAAUGUGGAACAUUUCUAUUCGCCUUCCAAUUCAUCAAUAUUAAUCUUUUCCCCGGAGGAGGAGCUUAAAUGCUCUCCAAAUAAGUCUUUGGAACAUUCUUUGACAUUGUUGUUCGCAGCCAGCCAGCCAUCUGCAAAGAUAACUGUCCAGGUUAUUUCUCGAGGACAAAUUCAACACACCAGUACAAAAGAGUAUCAGCUGACGCCCAGCGAAUUGCCCUUCAGUGAAGAACACCUGGUGGAGCCUCUGCAAGCUUCACCGGACGGGAAAGUCACCGGCGUCCUGAACAUUCCAUUGGCUCUUCCUCACAGCAUCUCCCCGACAGCCAUGAUCCUAGCCUGGUACACAAGGGAAGAUGGUGAGGUGGUUUCUGAUGCAAGGCAAAUUAAGAUCGAGAAAUGUUUAAGGAAUUCUGCCGACAUCGAGUGGAAGGUCAAGAAGGCUCAACCAGGAGAUGUUACCUCUCUUUCUCUGUCAUCUAAACCAAAUUCAGUUUGUGGGCUAGGUGUUGUUGACAGAAGCACCAUUUUGCUCUCCCAGGCAUCUGACAAGAUCUCAUUAGAAAGUUUAUUCAGCUUCUUUAGACGAAUUCAAUAUCAAUUCCUACGUCAAUCGCCAAACUAAUGACUUUGAAUAUUGUAGAAGCAAACACGAAAAGGAACUGGCCAACUCACUUCAAGGUGAAGAAGUGCGCAGAAUCUUCUACAAUUACUAUACCCUCUAUGCAGAUGCGCUCAAGAUGUUUGACGAUUCUGGUGUCUACGUCUUCACUGAUCUCACAGUUGAAACAAGACCAUGUGAGAAGAGAG